UGCAGUUACUCGUUUUCACGGCGCUCAUCUCCGAUUUUGCGCGGCUUUUCCACGCACUCGGCUUUUUUGUUUUUCCGGCACUGCAGCCAUGUCCGGUCGCGGGAAGCAGGGCGGCAAGGCGCGCGCCAAGGCCAAGUCGCGCUCGUCGCGCGCCGGGCUGCAGUUCCCCGUGGGCCGCGUGCACCGGCUGCUGCGCAAGGGCAACUACGCGGAGCGCGUGGGCGCCGGCGCGCCGGUGUACCUGGCGGCCGUGCUGGAGUACCUGACGGCCGAGAUCCUGGAGCUGGCGGGCAACGCGGCCCGCGACAACAAGAAGACGCGCAUCAUCCCCCGCCACCUGCAGCUCGCCAUCCGCAACGACGAGGAGCUCAACAAGCUGCUGGGCAAGGUGACGAUCGCGCAGGGCGGCGUGCUGCCCAACAUCCAGGCCGUGCUGCUGCCCAAGAAGACCGACAGCCACAAGGCUAAAGCCAAGUGAAUCUCAUCUGACUAACAACCCAAAGGCUCUUUUCAGAGCCACCCACAUCUUCCUAGAAAGAGCAGGAACGCUUGAUCCCGGGAAUAUCUGCUAUGUUAAUAUAUCUGGAAACUUGAAAUCUUUGGGGGUGGCGUCUCAAAUGUUAUGUAUCCUCGGUGCUCUGUAGCCUUCUCCCUUUCUUUAUCCUAGAAGUUUCUUAUGUAAGCGUGCGUCAGUUUCCCUUUUUAAAAAACAAUAAAAGGUAGCGGUUGCCACCGAUGAAAUCGGUCACCGCUGUAUGGUCUAAGAAGAGGUGCAGACUCU